AUGGCCUUGGCGAUGGAUGCCCUGGGAGCUUUCUCCCACCUACAGUCCAACCUCCCCGCAUGGGUCACUCGCGUCUCCGAGCUCGCCGCUCACACCUCCGCCAAACAUAUCGAAUAUUCCGAAGCCUACCGCCGACAUGCUACAUAUAAACCCCGCCGUCGAAAGAACAGCUCCGUAUGCUCCAUCCGCACUGAUAAUCUCGUCCCGAUUGCCCAGCGCGAGGGCCCAACCCCGGAAGCCGCUGAGGCGUCGAACACUGUCAAGGAUUCUACAGAAACAACCCAGCAAGCUGGUCGCAAGCGCAGUGCGGAUGAAGCAUCAUCUAUCGACUCCGAUGAACGCUACGGUCUUGUCAGCACUCGACACAAUGUGAUCAUCGAGUACGACGGCCACACUCAGAAAGCUCUGGAGGAGGUAGUUCGCGAUAUCGGUAUUGCCCGGAACAAUAUCCGGCGAGGGAAGAUGUCUUUGAUGCCACGGCCAGCUUAUCGCGCAGGCCUACUGAAUAAGACCGUCAACAUUGGCACCAAUAACCAACCCGGAGGCGCGCCGUCGUCUCUGUCAGGACUGUCCUCUGUCCGCAGCACGCGGACCACAGGUGGUCUCGUCGGUGUCACUGGAACUGCUGCUAGCAUGCAGAAGGAGUCGCCGUUCGACUAUGUGGACAAGCAGUUGGAGCUGGCACACGGGCUCUGCGAGACAGCCGCAUACCAAGUCCUCCGAUCAGGGGACUGCGGGACCGAGCUGGACGGUGUGGAAGAGAAGCUCAAGAUGCUGAUCGACAUGGUCGACAAUGAAGUGACACGUCUCGAAGAAGAGAAGAAGCAAGAACAAGCACAGGCACCUCUCGAAGACAAAGAGAACGAGACACCUCUGCAAACCCUGACCGCCGCUCGACUCGCCAGAAUUGCCGCGCUCGCCAACAAGCACACUUCAACGGACACACCUGGCACCAUUGAAGUCGAUGAUGCCUCGUCCAUAUCGGCCGAGUCCAUCGACCUCUCUGCUUUCCGAUCAUCGCGGAUCCGAGUGUAG